GUUGAGGAUGGAAUUGGGAAAGUUAUGGUACAUGUGUGCGCGCCACUUACGGCUGAUAUUGCGAAUAGAAAUGGUGGAUACGUGGUUAGGGCGGCUUGUGAUGAACAAGAUGCUACUAUAAAGCACGACGAUGCUGAUCUUGUGAAGGAGUUUGCUUACCGUUGGGGGGGUCUUGAAGAUCCUCAGAUUAGAAUUGAUAACGACUUUAUUGAUUCUUGUCGAAAUGUGGUGAUGGGCACUAACUCUGCGGUUCACACGCUGGAGCAGGCCUGGGUUGAUCAUGUGGGUAGAGGGAGUGCAUCUACUAUGAUGGUUGCUAGACGCUAUAUUAAAGUGCGGCAGCAGACUAGUCAGAGCUUGUCUUGUGAUCCAGUAGUGGAGCCUCCGGAGAAUGAUAAUGGAGUAUAUAGAAUAUCGUUGAAGUGCCAGUCUGAGAGAGUGAUGGUGUCCUGUACAGUAGCUGAUGCCGCGGUACUGUUCGCAACGCAGUGGGGAGGGUACUCGAGGAAAGAGGUUGCUGUGCGCCCACAGCCCGGUGUGUGUACUGCAUGUCGAGUUGGAGGAGAUGGUGGAUGGCAAGUCGCAAUGCAAACAAUAACGUUAACCCAGUCAGUGCGGUACUUGCAUGUACAGAGGCAGAGUGAGAGGAGGGUCCUCACUUGUGGAGCAUUGAGACAGAAUCCGGAGAUACGCUUGGAUGAAUAUGUUAUACCGAUGGAGUGUCGAGAUGAGAGGAUGCGCGCAGAGGAGAAGGUUGAGAUGGUUUGUGGUUCUGCUACGGCCGCCGUGGAGGUCAGUCGUGGACCAUUCUGCGGGAAGGCUGAUGCUACUGUAAGAGGUUUUUCCGCAUAA